GUGUAAUUAUUAUUGAUGGAGAUCAUAGCGACGACUUGGAAAAUACUUCCAAUCAUCUUAUUUCAAAUUCUCACACAAAUGGUUCGUCCCACAGUUUCCCAACUAGAAUUCGUAGCAUCCGUAUGCCCAGAAGCUGGAAAUUACACCACCAAUUCCACUUACCGGAAAAAUCUAAACGCCCUCCUUUCCUCCCUCUACUCCGGUCCGGAGUUGCUAAGUUACGGCUUUUACAAUAUCUCCGCCGGAGAGGAACCCGACAAAGUCAACGCCGUGGCCCUCUGCAUCGGAGAUACUUCCGGCAAUUUAUGCCGGUCCUGCGUCCAAGAAUCGAGCCGGAAGAUUUUGGAGGUUUGUCCGAACCGGAAGGCGGGAAUCGUAUGGUACAAUCAGUGCAUGGUUCGAUACUCGGGCGUCGAUAUUUUCGGGGUUAUGGACUAUUGGGAUUCGUAUUCGAUUUUCAACGGGCAAACGGCGUCGGACCCGGAUGGCUUGUUCCUUAAGGCGGUGAGGAGUUUGAUGGAGAGAUUAAGAGGAGAGGCUGCGGCGGGGAAUUCCACCCGGAAAUUGGCGACCGGACAGAUUUCUGUCGGGACCGGAACGGUGUACGGGCUUGUGCAGUGCACUCCCGACUUGUCGUCCGCAGAUUGCGCCACGUGUGUUGGUGAGCGUGCGGCGGCGAUAACUCAGGCGAAUUAUGGAGCGAGAAUAUUCACGGCUAGUUGCGUUUUGAGAUACGAGAACUAUACUUUUUUCUAUACACCGCCGGCGCCGGUUAAUGCCACUCCCUCUCCAUCUAUUUUCUCUACACCGCCGGCGCCGGCUAAUGCCACUCCCUCUCCAUCUACGCUGCCAACCACAGGAAGUAAGGAUGGGCCCGAUGGCAAAGGAAAUACUACUGCUAUCAUAAUCAUAGUUGUAUCAAUACUUUCAGCCGUCAUUCUCGUUAUUGGCAUUUUACGAAUGUAUAAACGGAAAAGCAAAAUACCAUCAAAUGAAGUUGAAAUUAAAGGCGUUGCCUUCCAAGAAGCAACCGAUGAAAUUAGUAGAGUGGAGACUAUUCAAUUUGAUUUUCACACGAUCAAAGUAGCAACAGAUGAGUUCUCAGAUGAAAAUAAACUCGGACAAGGUGGAUUUGGAGUUGUCUACAAGGGAAGGUUGUCAAAUGGACAGAACAUAGCAGUGAAGAGACUUUCGAGAGAUUCAGGACAAGGAAAUGUGGAAUUCAGAAAUGAAGUCCUUAUGCUGGCCAAACUUCAACACAGGAACUUAGUUAGGUUGUUAGGAUUUUGCUUGGAGGGAAAUGAAAGACUUCUCAUCUAUGAGUUUCUACCCAAUGGCAGCCUUGAUCACUUCAUAUUUGAUCCGGUGAAAAGAACAAUUUUGGAUUGGAAAAGACGAUAUAAAAUUAUAAGCGGCAUUGCUCGAGGACUAUUAUACCUCCAUGAAGAUUCUCGUAUUCGAAUCAUUCAUCGUGAUCUCAAAGCUAGCAAUAUUUUGUUGGAUGGAAAGAUGAAUCCUAAAAUUGCGGACUUUGGUAUGGCAAGAUUGUUCGAAGUGGACGAGACUCGAGGUCAAACCAAUAGAAUUGUGGGAACUUAUGGUUACAUGGCUCCAGAAUAUGCAUACCACGGACAAUUCUCAUCAAAAUCAGAUGUGUUUAGUUUUGGAGUUCUAAUUCUUGAGAUUAUAAGUGGUCAAACAGUUCAUAGUUUUGACAAGGGAGGGGAGAAUGAAAAUCUUUUAAGCUUUGCAUGGAAAAAUUGGAAGGCUGGAACACCUGAAAAUGUAAUAGAUAUGAUAUCAAGUUCAAGUUCGAGCAUUGAAAUGAUAAGAUGUAUUCAUAUUGGAUUACUAUGUGUUCAAGCAAAUGUAGCAGAUCGACCUACCAUGACUUCAGUAGUUAUGAUGCUUAAUAGUUUCUCUCUCACACUUUCUCUACCCUCCCAACCUGCGUUCUUCGUACACAGCAACUACAUCUUGUCAAAUGCAAAUGAUUCCCAAAAAAUUCCUCUUCAGGCCUCAGAAAAUGCAGUUUCCAUUUCUGACUUUUAUCCUCGUUAGCUCUCCAUAUCUGUAGACGUCUUUAUAUAUCUUUUGGAAAAAUACAAAUAAAAACAUAAGUAAAGGUUUAGAAUAUUUUCGCCCUAAAGGAUUAUAUUCGAUCAAAGAUAUUGGAAAGAGAAGAGAGGACAAUUGGCUGUUGAUUUUGUUUUGAUAUAAAUCUUGUGAACUUCUGCCAUUUUACUUUCA